AUGAAACCAGGUGAAAAGCUGGACGAUCCUAACCUGUGGAACGACUACGUGCAGUUUAUGGGAGAACUGGGUAACAGAAUCCAGUCACCACUACCAUAUAAGUACAGCGAUAAUUUGACAAAUGAUACAGAUGUGGCAGAUUUUGUAAGAGCAUUGAUGACUUACUGUAAAGCUUUCAGUUGUUUUAAUUCGCUUCUUCUAAUCGCCAAAGGAACAUUUGCAGACCUUGGAAGCGAGCAUAAAGAGGAUGACGAAAAAGCGGAUCGGAAAAUCGACGGCCAAAAGCAAGAUUUAGAAAAAAAUUAUCUUUCCUGUUCGGUGAGAAGUACUUGA